AUGAGCAAUUCUAAGAAGGAACGCGGAGUUACUCGUGCCAGCAGUGGACGUUACUUUUGCGAGGCUGGGAAUUCGGAGGGAACGACAAGAAGUGCCCCAUUUCAGCUUCGUGUCAAGUUUGAACCUGUAUGCGGGGAGGGAGGAGGGCGUAAAGUUCUCGGCGCUGCUAAAGGCGAACCUUUGAGAAUAGAAUGUAAGGUGGAUGCCGAGCCUGCGGCCUCACUGUUCCGCUGGAUUUUCAACAGCACGCCUGGGGUUUCCAGAGAACUGAGCGAAUUUACGGCGGAACCUGGAAGUAGCAUUUUGACCUACACCCCUUCGAUAGCAGCACACUACGGCACUUUGCAAUGUUGGGGAAGAAACGAAUUAGGGUCGCAGCAAACGCCGUGCGUUUACCACAUUGUUCCCGCCGGCCGGCCGGAUCCGCCGAACGGAUGUGCCGUUAGUAACACUACCCAUCAUUCGGUAACGGUAAACUGUAAAAAAGGAUUUGACGGUGGUUUAAGACAAAAGUUUGUGUUAUUAGUUUCGGUCGCGGAAAAUUUAACUGCGAACUUAUCAUCGAGUGUACCUGAAUUUCAAAUUUCUAAUUUAGACGCAACGACCGAAUAUAUUGCCACGGCGUAUUCGGUAAACGCCAAAGGGUGGUCGAAAGCGUCAAACUCAAUUUUAAUUAAAACUUUGCCGUCUCCAGGAUUAAAAGAAUUAAGAAGAUCUACGGGCCCAUCGAACGAAGAGAAAGCGGAGGGGCCAUGGUUGUACAUAUUAUUAGCCGCCGGGUCAACUUUAAUUGUUGCAGGCGCAAUAGGUGUAAUUAUCUUUGCCGUUAAACGUAUUAAAAUUGAAAGUCCCGUUCGCGAGAGACGUUCCAGAAGUCCGAAGAGAGAUGAGCUCCCUUUAAAUCCUCAAGUUUCGGCCUAUACCGACACUGUUAACGAUGAUAAAAAUCCAGAUCUUAUCCCUCCACCGGAUUACGAAAGUCUUCAUUCAGAUCCAACGACCGCAGCUCCUUACACGAUAACCGCCAGGCCAUCGACGAAAAGGAACUGCGCAACUCAAAUGCCUGUGAAACCCUACCACGUUACGUGGGCGCCAAUGUUGCAGUCCCGCAACUGCUCUACUCAAACACCUCCUCCGCAUAAGGAGAGUUCUGUCUAACCCCACCAGCAGUCUCGGUAUCGGGACCAAUUCCACCUGUGAUAUUUGUGAAUAUCUCGUAUUUUUAAGCAACAAUUAUCAAACACUGUUAUGCUGUUAAUUAUUUACAGAUUGAUUGUAAAUAAAAUACCAGUAUAUGUAUUA